AUGGCGUUAAGCCCACGAACACCUAGAAGAAGUUUAGCUCCAAGCCAAGUUGCUAAGAGAAAACAAGGGAUUGACUCAUCUGAGGAUGAAGACUGGGAUCCGGAAACUACGAAAAAGCGGAGAAAGGGGGAGAAACAGUGUCGAGAAAACUACAUCUCUCCCUACAGGAAACCCCUGACGCAGCUAAGCAACCGACCUGUGUGUGUUGACAGCAGUGAACACGAAGCCUUUAUACGCAGCAUUCUCUCCAGGCCAUUCAAAGUUCCCAUUCCUAACUACACAGGCUCUCUGGGUAUCCGGGCGCUGGGGCUGAAGCGAGCUGGGGUAAGGAGAGCUCUGCACGACCCGUUUGAGGAGGGAGCUCUGGUGCUUUAUGAACCGCCUGUCCUCAGUGCCCACGACAGCCUCAAAAUAGAUAAGGAUAAACAGCCAGUGCAUGUAGUUGUGGACCCGGUGCUCAGUAAAGUCCUGCGACCUCAUCAAAGAGAGGGGGUGAAGUUCCUGUGGGACUGCGUGACGGGGAGACGAAUCCCUGGGUCAUACGGCUGCAUCAUGGCAGACGAGAUGGGUUUGGGAAAGACCUUACAGUGCAUCACACUUAUGUGGACACUUCUGCGUCAGAGCCCUGACGCUAAGCCAGAGAUCGACAAGGUUAUAGUGGUCUCGCCGUCCAGCCUGGUGCGCAACUGGUACAAUGAGGUCGGCAAAUGGCUUGGGGGACGCGUUUUACCUGUCGCGAUCGAUGGAGGCUCAAAGGAAGAGAUUGAUCGAAAACUAGUGAACUUCAUUUCCCAGAAUGGUUUGAGGGUGCCCACACCGAUCUUGAUCAUAUCAUAUGAAACAUUCCGGCUCCACGCUCAGGUUCUGCACAGGGGAAAAGUCGGACUAGUCAUCUGUGAUGAGGGUCACAGGUUGAAAAACUCUGAUAACCAGACUUAUCAGGCACUGAACACCAUGAAUGCCCAGAGAAGAGUGCUCAUAUCAGGCACACCCAUUCAGAAUGACUUACUAGAAUAUUUCAGCCUGGUUCACUUUGUAAACUCUGGGAUCCUCGGUACAGCACAGGAGUUCAAGAGGAAGUUUGAGGUUCCCAUUCUAAAGGGCCGUGAUGCUGACGCCAGCGACAAAGACAGGCUCGCAGGAGAGGAGAAACUCAAAGAGCUCAUCAGCAUUGUCAACAGGUGCUUAAUCAGAAGGACCUCAGACAUUCUCUCUAAGUACCUGCCUGUGAAGAUCGAGCAGGUGGUGUGUUGCAGACUGACUCCUCUCCAGGAAGAGUUGUAUAAACUGUUCCUGAAGCAGGCGAAGCCAGUGGAGAGUCUCCAACAGGGCAAAAUCAGCGUGUCUUCUCUCUCAUCCAUCACCUCCCUUAAAAAGCUCUGCAACCAUCCAUCUCUCAUCUAUGACAAGUGUGUGGCGGGAGAGGAGGGCUUUGAGGGGGCUUUGGACCUGUUCCCUCCAGGCUACUCCUCUAAAGCAGUGGAGCCUCAGCUCUCAGGCAAAAUGCUGGUUCUGGACUACAUUCUGGCCAUGACCCGAAGUACAACUAGCGACAAAGUUGUGCUGGUCUCUAACUACACACAGACACUGGAUCUCUUUGAGAAAUUAUGUCGAGCUCGGCGGUAUCUCUACGUUCGUCUUGACGGAACAAUGUCCAUCAAGAAAAGAGCCAAGAUCGUCGAGAGGUUUAACAGCCCCUCCAAUCCGGAGUUUAUUUUCAUGCUGAGCAGUAAGGCCGGGGGAUGCGGUCUGAACCUCAUUGGGGCAAAUCGUCUGGUGAUGUUUGAUCCCGACUGGAACCCAGCCAAUGACGAACAGGCGAUGGCUCGCGUAUGGAGAGAUGGACAGAAGAAAACCUGCUACAUUUACAGACUGCUUUCGACGGGCACCAUUGAAGAGAAGAUACUGCAGAGACAAGCCCAUAAGAAAGCCCUGAGCAGCUGUGUGGUGGAUGAGGAGCAGGAUGUGGAGAGACAUUUCUCCCUGGGAGAAUUACGAGAGCUCUUCUCUCUCAACCAAGAGACAGUCAGCGACACACACGACAGGUUUCGUUGCCGGCGUUGCGUCAACGGCCGUCAGGUGCGUCCACCUCCGGAAGAUUCCGACUGCACCAGCGACCUGUCCAACUGGCAUCACUGCUCUGAUAAGAGAGGACUGAAAGACCCGGUUCUGGUGUCGUCCUGGGAUGCUGCCGUUUCAUUUGUCUUCCACCAGCGUUCCCAUGAAGACCAGAGAGGGGUGGUCUGA